GCACACCUCUUGUUUCCGGGAUGACGUCAGAGCUCACCGCGUCGCUAGCAUGAAAGCUAACGCGGCACACACUGUUAUAAUAAUGAGUACGCGUCUUGUAAUUAGGACUGUGAGAGUUCAUCGUAAGUGAACCGAGGGUCGCUCGCUAGUUUUGACGUUUGCUGCAAAUGUCUGUCGCCUCGUUAACGCGUUUGUUAUGUCCCAGUGUUGUUAGCUUAUCAGUUCGAUCGUGUCAAUGGAAACUAUUGUAUAUACAUUUUGUUGCGGUAAACAUUCCGUAGACAUUUUGGAAAGGUCCGGUAAGAAGAUCAUCCAUUGGGGGGGAGAGAAAAAAAAAUCACUAAGGUGGUGAUUUAAAAGAUGCAUCGCUGCCCUGUUUGUUCAAAAUCCUUCCCCUCGCCGUAUAAACUCAAGAGACAUCACGUCAUCCACACGGGCCAGAAGCCCUUCGGCUGUGAUAUCUGCGGGAAGGCCUUCACGCAGUCCGAGCACUUACGAACACACCGGCAGAAUGUCCACCAGCCGCGGCUCCGGACAGGCCGGCUGCACGAUGGCACUUCAACCAAUCACCAACAGGCACACUGUGAUGAACCAGCUGCAGGGAUGAGCCCACAUGGCAGUUGUGAUAAUGUUAUAAUGCCAUCGAGCGUGUCUUCCUCUGUGGCCUCCCGGCCAGAAUGGAAAGGGGGAAGUGUGACUCGCGACUUUUGUCUUCCGUUGUUUGGGACUGGAAGUAUGCUAUGUGCAGACGAUGGGACAGCGACCCAGGGGGGUGUCUCGUAUGAUACGGAUGCAGUACAUCAUGAUGAAGUUGGUUCUGCAAAUGUGGACACGUCUGAAGGCAACGGAUACACCUGCAACGUCUGCUUGAAGUCGUUUAGUUCGUCUAUUCAGCUUUGGAUUCAUUUACCAACUCAUAACAGGUCUAACCUGCGUGGGAGGGGCCAGACCUUCUCGAAGAAGGCCCAUGCGAAGAUGCACUUGCAUUCACAAGAAUCAAGGAUCUCCAGCAGAAGCAAAGCGACUGUGAAACAUCAGUGUCCUAAAUGUCUUAAGACCUUUUGUUCACCGUCCAAAUUACGACGACAUUUUCUUAUCCACACGGGCCAGAAACCCUACUCGUGUACAACUUGCUGGAAAUCCUUCAGACAGAAGGUGCACCUGAAAUCUCAUUUAGGCACAGCAAACACAUGUCCACAUUCUGCAGUUAAUGCCGGGAAAAGAAAGAGACUUUCUAAUGACAGUAGAACCUCCGAUCUGCAGCCCCAGCGCCCUUCCAGUAGUCUGACCUCGUCGGUGGAACUCAAGCUACAAUGUAAAAUAAGUGUAAAUACUGUGCAUGACCUGAGAAAGACUGAAAUCAAGUUGGAUGCUGUCGGAAAACCAGAACAACCGUUAAAUACAAGCAGUGGGUGUCGUAAGUCAGGUGAACAAGAGUCGCAAUACUUGACACAAAAAGAUGUGAAACCAUUCCGCUGUGUGAUCUGCAACAGAUCAUUUCGGUUAGAAGUAAAUUUAAGGCGUCAUCAUAAAAUUCAUUGGAACAAGAAAGAAUUGGGAAGUCCUACUCAUGAGCAAAACAGCAAUAAUGUGAAAAUGUCUGAUUCUGAAACAAUGAAACGCGCAUCUGAACCUAAUCAGGCGGACCCCAUUGACUUGAACAUCGUUGUUAAACCAGAAACCUGGAGAGAAAAUGACUACAAUGACUCUUCUCCUCGGGAGGCCGCAUUAAUUGCAUCAGCAGAACAGCAGAGGGAACCCUGCCGCGCCGCAAGUAAUCAGAAGAGAAUGAACACUUCACAUCGGUGCCAUUCAUGUUCAAAGUGUUUUCCAUCUCGAUCCAAACUCCAGAGACACGUGAUGACGCACACUGGACAGAGGCCUUAUAACUGUGAGACAUGCGGGAAGAGAUUUCGCCAGAAAACACACCUGAGGAUCCACUGUCGCACUCACCUGUGGACCAGAUAUCAGAAACAGCGAUCGCUGUACAUCAAUCGGCCGCCUUCGCGCACAGGUGGGUUUAACACACGGACCACAGCAGAAGUUCCAAUCUGGGAAAUGAUGGCACAUAAAAAUGAUGUUGAGACACAUAAUGCCGAACAUUUGGAUCAGACCCCUUCUGCAGUAAUUGCUCAGAAUAAUGUCAAGAGAGAGUCUGGGAACAAAUUGUUGCCACAUUACUCAGGGAGAAAUGAGGUUUUGCACUUGAGAAAAGUUUCCAAAGCAAACGUAAGAAGGGCGCAGGCUGCCAAACCGAUGCAAAAUCCCGGCAGCGACCAACACGGGUGCCUCCAGUGUUCCAAGUGUUUUCCGAGUGCCUCUAAACUGCAAAGGCACGAGAUGGUGCACACGGGCUUGAAGCCGUUUCAGUGUCCUACAUGUGGGAAAGCUUUUAGGCAAGCAUCACAUCUGAAAAGGCACGACAGGACACACUGUAAUAGUGAACAACCCAAACCUUUCAAUCAACAGGUGACCAUCAAAAAACUGCGGCUUUACCCAGAGAUCACUGUCUGUACCCCAGCUCAGCGGCGGCUGAUAUCUAUCACAAAAGUGCCCAGUCUAUUCAAGACAAACCCUAAAAGUUACACUGACAAAAAGAAGAAACUCCACACGUGUCCAAUAUGCUGUAAGAACUUUGCUUCUCCGUUCAAGCUCUCAAGGCACUCGGUUACUCACUCUGGCAUGAGGCCAUACAAAUGCACUCUGUGCAGCAAAACCUUCACACAGCGCGGCCAUCUAAAAGUCCACGAGCGCAGAUGCAGAAAGGGGAGCAGGAUCUCAGCUUGUAUCCGCAGGGAAAUCGUGAAUACCAACCAUCUCCAGGAUAAAAUUGAAAACCUUACUGAUUUUGUUGUGGAUGCAACAAGAGAGCAGAGGGAGCAACGUUGUCCCAGUGUUGGUCAAUACUCAUUUAAUGAUGGAGAUUUAGCUUUUUGCACAGAGAAAAUAGACACUGAUUGGCUGGAAGUGCCAGAAGUAAGCUUACAAGAGGAGAGACGGGUUGAAAAUUGUAGUCAAGACAGUAAUGAUCAGGCUACAGACCCUUAUAGCUAUUCAUUUCCCUCUGAGCUUGCCUUUGAAAUGGAUAAGCUUGUUCAAAAUCAAAACAUCGCAGCUCCACCUUUGUCACAUCAGUAUGAGGGUCAUGCACGUGACGUAAAAACACCAUGUCAGCAUGAUGAACUUUCGAGUUCUGUGGAUGAGAUGGCAGAUUUCCGGGAUGAUAACAAGUGCACUUCCAGUUUUGUGAGCGAACAUGAUCUUAAACAACAUCUCUGUCCAGCACGUGCUCAAGCUAAAGUGACAGAGUCGGCACCGAAGAAUCGCUGUGACGUUUGCUUCAAAAGUUUUGUCUCUCCUUCUAAGCUUGAGAGGCAUUAUCUUGUCCACACAGGUCAGAGGCCUUUUAGGUGUGACAUUUGUGGCAAAACCUUCACUCAGAGGGCACAUGCCCGAAAACACAAACUCACUCACUGAUAAUCCAAUGUUACUCUGAUGUUUUUGUAUUUAAAUAUCAUGUCUGUAUAUAUGUUUAUAAAGCAUAAUGUAUUGUAUUUUUUCCUGUAAAUAAAAUUACAUUUGAAAUAUUG